GGUCCUGUAUCCUUCCUCCUCACUCGCGCAGGAGGGAGGGGAAACAAAUAGUCCCGGAAGGAUGUCUGUCCCAGCGGUCGACAUUUCUGCAGCUCCAGAAGGGUGAUUUCUGUCAGCAGGUAAGACUUCCAGUUUCAAAGAUGCCACUCUUUGGGAAAAUUGUUGUUAUUAAACGGAAUGGGACUGAUGGAAUCCAUUUUCCACUCACUGCAAGUUCUUGUUUAUUUGGAAGGAAAACGGAGUGCGAUAUCCGCAUACAGCUGCCUCAAGUCUCAAAAGAACAUUGUAAAAUUGAAGUCAAUGAGAACAAGGAGGCAAUCUUGAUUAAUUUAAGUACUGUGAAUCCAACGCAAUUGAAUGGUAACAGUUUUCAGCAACCUGCACAUCUGAAGCAUGGAGAUGUGUUCACUAUUGUUGAUCGUUCUUUCAGGUUUGAAUAUCUGCCUCAAUCAACGCCAAGAAAGAGACUUUCUAGAACUCCAAAAAAUGAAACUCUACAGGUUCUUCAUGUUCAGCAGGUGGAAGAAGUGGAAUUACAGAACCCAGCAUCUAAAAGUCCUCAUAUCUCUGAUAAAAUCAUAGAAUGUGAAGGCCAAAAUUUUGGUGAAAAUGACAAGCAAAGCACCAAGGAAGAUAUUUCCAGAGUUGUACCAGCCAAACAACAUGCAACACCUAAAUCAACAUACAGAACAGCUAAAUCUAACAGAAGAGAAAACGAGAUGUCUCCUUUUAGCAAACUUUAUGAAUUGUUGAAAAAUGAGAUUGAUGAGAAAACACAGAUAGAUGGCAACGAAGAGAUACCUAUGCCACGACAAGCAGAGACUAAUGCCCAGCAAAUUUCAUUAUUGAUAUUUCCAUCUGGUCAAGAGACCCAAACUAAGGAAAAAGAGGCAAUCAUUGGUGAAGAUAUUGAACAAUCUAAAGUUAAAGAACAAGAAAUACACAGUGUGGAACUUAAUCAGAUUUCUACUGAAGGAAAUAGUUCUAAGAAGUCCAAUGAAAUAAGUUCUGCAAAUUCAGGUGAACCAUGGACUGAACAAGAUCCAUCAUUAGGAGUUAAAGCAACAGAACUUUCAAAUGAAAUUCAAAAGAAAGAUGUAGUGUGCAGUAGAGUUGGUGGGAAUGAAUCUUGUAUUUUGGGGAAAAGUAAUAAAUAUUCAAAGCAAAAGAGAAAUAGUAAACAGCUUACACCAAGAAAAUCCUUAAAUGCAGAAGAAGUGCUAAAAGAAAUUCAUGAUGAGACUUACUCUGUUAGCAUAACUAAGGAGAGAAAUUCUGAAACUGUUGAAUUUUCUCCUGGGUAUAGUAAUUCCAAAAGCCCCAAAGGGAGUGUUAGACAAGGUAAAAAAUUUUCAAAUAAAAGUCCAUCAUCAGAAUUAUUAACUCCGGAAAGUUUAACACCGAAAGAUGCAUCUUCUGCUAGCUGUGAACAUCACUCUGGAGCGCGAAGGGGAAGACGAAUGAGCUCUGGAAAGAUGGCUGAAGAAACAUUGGAGAGAGAUUCAUCUCAAGAACCUGACAAGAAUGUAGAUACUAAAGGUAGUGAAGUUAAAGAAAAGCUGACCACAGAGAACUACCAACAGAAAUUAGAGGUGGAAGAUGCUAAUAUUGUACUGGGUCCUCACAGAUUAUCAAAAAGAAGGUGCUCUGAAAGUGUUGCACUUCUGAGAGAUGGUGAAGUUACAUCAAAAAUAAAUAUUUCUAGCCUACCUACUGAAGACAAAAAGUCAGAAGGUGAGACAAAGAGGUUACCUCAAAAGCGGAAAAGUGGAGAACUUGAGUUAUUACAGCAGCCUUUUGGAAAAAGAAAAAGAGUGUCCUUUGGUGGUCAUCUCAGUCCUGAACUUUUUGAUAAAAGUCUGCCACCCAAUUCACCACUUAGAAGAGGUGCAAUUCCAGCAAGGUUAAGCUUACCAUUUGGAAAUUCACCUCGUGCAGUUCUGAAGAAGGGCCAGGGAUUCAAACGUCUUGUAAUCAAGGAUCUUUCAGAGCAUUUGCAGAGACAAAAACCACCACAAAAAAACUUGCCCGCCAGAAGGUCCCCGGCUGCCUCGCCGCCCGCCAGAAGGUCCCCGGCUGCCUCGCCACCCGCCAGAAGGUCCCCGGCUGCCUCGCCGCCCGCCCUUGAAAAAGUGUCACCUAAGCUCACUGCAAACUCCCCAUCAAAUACACCAUACACAAAAGGAUGUUUCUCUAUUUCUCAUAUUAGCACACCAUCUCCUACUUCAAAGGAGCAGGGUAUUGCUGCAACAGAAGUUAAGGAAAGUGAGAGAGAUUUUACUGGAGUCAAGACACCUGAAUCUUUUCAUGUUAACCAGGAACAUCGGAUGUCUGUGCCAACUACACCUAAACAAUUAAUAAGGCGUAGUAUAAGAUUUUCUGCGAAGAGAACUCCCAUGAAGAGGAGGAGUGAUGCUGUGGAAACAAUUCAUUCUAAAAGAAGAAGUGGUGCUUCUAAAGCCAAUUUGCUAGUUGCAAAAUCUUGGGCAGAAGUGGUGAAGUUGGGUGUUGCAAAACCACAAGUAAAAGCUGUUAAAAAAUGUGUUCUCAAAGGAAAAUCAGCCAAGAAGUUAAAAUCACCCAAGACUCCAGCAAGAAAAGUAAAGGGUCAUUUUAGUACAGGUCAUGCAGAUUCUCCAGCUACCAUAGUGAUAGGAAAAGCUCAUACCACCACAGUGAAGCUGGUUGGACAGGCCCCUAGAGUGGUGAAGAAUUGUGCUUUGAAACAAAACAUGGAUAUAAAUGAAAGCUUCACAGGAAUGACUGAGAUGUUUAGAACUCCAGUAAAUGAAAAUCAAAAAAGUCCAUCUUUAUCUGCUCACAAGACUAAUCUUACACCAUCAUGUGCUAAAGCAGAAGGCUCUGAGAUACACACUCCAGAGGAGUCUGGAGAGAUGGUAAUAUCACCAUUAAGUACCUCCACCAUGUCACAACAGAGAAAAGAUAGUCAAGAUGUUGUAUCGCGCUUCCUGAGACUGGAGAAGUCUCCAAAUUCUGCUUUUGUGGCUGCUAAGUUAAAGCCGACUCCUAAAAAAGAGAGAACUGUACUGGAAGAGAAGAUGGAAAUGAGUAAUCCGUUAGUAAUGCCAGAAAAGCAUAUAACUGAGGUGACAGUGAGAGCUAAAAGGCUUGUGAAGACUCCAAAGCAAAAGACUGAACCUAUCGAGGCUCUCUCGGGCGUCAAAAGACUCUUGAGGACUCCAAAGCAAAAGACUGAACCCGUCGAGGCUCUCUCGGGCGUCAAAAGGCUCUUGAGGACUCCAAAGCAAAAGACCGAACCAAUUGAGGCUCUCUCGGGCGUCAGAAGGCUCUUGAGGACUCCAAAGCAAAAGACCGAACCCAUUGAGGCUCUCUCGGGCGUCAGAAGGCUCUUGAGGACUCCAAAGCAAAAGACCGAACCCAUUGAGGCUCUCUCGGGCGUCAAAAGGCUCUUGAGGACUCCAAAGCAAAAGACCGAACCCAUCGAGGCUCUCUCAGGCGUCAAAAGGCUCUUGAGGACUCCAAAGCAAAAGACCGAAUCCGUUGAGGCUCUCUCGGGCGUCAAAAGACUCUUGAGGACACCAAAGCAAAAGACCGAACCCAUCGAGGUUCUGUCGGGCAUCAAAAGGCUCUUGAGGACUCCGAAGCAGAAGAUGGAACCUCUUACAGAUGAAAUUGCCUUAAAAAGAUUACUAAAGACUCCAGCACAAAAAAAGCAAGUAGUAAAUGAUCUGGUGGGAGUCUCUUUUUUGAAGACGACACAAAAGCAGAAAUGUCAGCCAGUAGAAAACAUGAUAAGGAUCAGCCAUAUUAUGAAAACAUCUAAUCAGAGAAUCCAAUCAGAAGAUAUGGUAGGAAUCAAAAGGCUAUUGAAGACAAAGGAAAGAAUUGAACCAGUAGAAGACAUGUUUGGUAUCAGCAGACUACUAAGGACACCAAGGGAAAAAUAUCUUCCAGUUGAUGACUAUGUGGGAUUGCAAAAACUUAUGGCUGAGCCUAAACAAAAAUAUUCAAAUUAUGAACUGGAUUAUGUUGGUGUUAAAGAAAUUUUUGAUACGCCAAAGGAAAUUAAGGUCAAAGUUACGGAUCUCAUGCAAGAAAAUAAUUCUCCUCAUAUUGAUCCUAAAAGCGAACAUGAAUCUAGAGGAAAUUAUGAAAGAGAAGAGCUGAAGCAAGAGAAAAGAAUAGAAGAUUCACUUGAAAAAACAUCACUCCCAUUUGUGAGAUCUAGGAAUAGAAACAUUAAAAAUGAACAAGAAUUGCAAGAAAACCUUGAACAUGCAUGUAUUUUACCUAAGGAGUCAGAAAUUGUGAAAAAUAUAGAAAAUAUUGAAAAAGAAAAAGUGAGUGAUGGGUCUCUGACAGAGAGCCAUAAUCUCUCAAAUUCAGUAAUCUCUCUUUUACUUACCAAAAUGGAUCCAGUUCAAGAACCAGCUAUGCAACUGCAAAGAGAAUCUAGUAGCAGUAAAAAUGUAAGAGGGCACCCUCUGCAAACAGGGCUGAUAGCACCUGAAGAUAAGUCUGAUCAAGGUAAUGUAGAAAAUAAUGAAAAGGUGACUCUGUCAGUUAGGAAGAGGUCUAGAAGGGCGAAAAAAUUAGAAAUGCUAGAAUCAUUAGUUCCAGUUAAAAGAACCAGAAGAGGGAAAACUGAAGAUAACGAACAGGGAUUUACAGGGGAACAUGAUGCAAAAGAAAAACCCCAAAGACAGACAACAAGGAACCCCUGUAGAGCAGAAACAGUAAAGUGUGUACAAAGAGAUGAACAGGAUUUUGCCAACAGUACCAUUGAGGCUGCUGCAGUAGAAGAAUCUGAAAUCAAUAAACCAACCCUUGAAAUUAUGGUAACAGAGAUGAAAGGAAGAAAAUCUUUGAGAGUAAAAUCUAGAAAGCAAUUGGAGGAAACAAAGAAAGAAAGUACAGAGAUGGGACCUGAAAAUGUAAGAAGUGUCCAGGAAACCAAGAGAACAUCAAAAGAAACUGUAGUUAAAACACACAAAUCUAUAAAAAAUGAGACAAAAGCAGCUCAGGGAAAUAAGGAAGCAAAAACAGGUCAAAGCUUAAAGUUAAAGGAGUCACAUUUUGAAAACACAAAUGACGCACCACUUGAUGUUUAUAGCUUGCAAGCAAACAGGAAUUCAAUUAAAAAAACUAAUCAAACACAUGGAAAUAAGAGAGGUCAAAAAGGUAUAUUGGACAUUAAGGAAGGUGAAUUUGCCAAAAAUGAAAAAAUGAUACCACAAAAUAUAUCAGAAACUGAACCAGAGACAAUUUCUGCAAAGGAUUCCAUAGGAUCUCUAGAGACAGUGCAAAAUUCCAAAACCAAGGAAGCCCAAAACAAUCCAACUGCUGCAAUGGUAUAUGGUCCUAAAGAUGAUGAGAGAACUGUUCUUAGACAUGGAAAGAGGACAAGGAAAGGUGAUGGCAAACAGGAAGCAUCUGAAACCAAACAAAUUGAGAUUUUAGAAAAUAAUCCUACAGAAGCAAAUGAAAAUACACCAAAAAGAGACAGAGGGAAAAAAGUUCAUUUUGAACUUGAGGAAGCCAGUUCUGCUUCUCUCAGAGGAAAACACAUUUUACCUGAAGGUAAUGAUAAAGACCAGAAUGAGACUUCAGAAAACAUUCCUUCCCAAGCAAAUGAAAAUCUCUCAAGAAGGGGCAGAAGUAAAGAGGUUGAUCUCAUACCAGAUGCAGUUAGUUCCACUUCUCUUAGAAAAAAAUACAGCUUGUCAGAAAGUGAUGCCAAAAAAGACCAAGAUGCAGCUUUGGAAUCUACUUCUUCCCCUACAAAAGAGAAUACAUCCAGAAGGGGUGGAAGGAAACAGGUUGAUCAUAAAGUGCUAGCAGCUAAUUCCACUUCUUUUGGAGGAAAAUACACCUUGCCAAGAGAUAGCAGUAAAGAAGAGAUGUCAGAAAGUCAGAAUGUUCCUUUGGAAGCUGUUGUUUCGCCUACAAAAGAGAAGCUCUCAAGAAGCGGCAGAAGGAACCAAGUUUCUCUCACAUCUCAGGCAGCUAGUUGCACUUCUCUCAGAGGAAAAAGUAGCUUGACAGAAAAUGAUGAUAAAGAUGCGAUUCCUAAAGACCAAAACGUGCCUUUGGGAAGGACUACCUCCCAGGCAAAGGUGAAUCCAUCAAAAAAGGGCAGAAGGAAACAGGUUGAUCUCACAACACAAGCAGCUAGUUCCACUUCUUUCCGAGGAAAAAGCAGCUUGCCAGAAAAUGAUGAUAAAGUGAAGGUUCUUAAAGAAGACCAAAAUGUGCCUUUGAGAAAUACUACCGAGGCAAAAGCUAAUCCACCAAGAAAGGGCAGACGGAAACAGGUUGAUCUUACAACACAGGCAGCUAGUUCCACUUCUCUCCGAGGAAAAAGCAGCUUGCCAGAAAACGAUGGUAAAGAGAAGGUUCCUAAAGAAGACCAAAUUGUGCCUUUGGGAAAUACUACCGAGGCAAAAGCUAAUCCACCAAGAAAAGGCCGACGGAAACAGGUUGAUCUCACAACACAGGCAGCUAGUUCCACUUCUCUCCGAGGAAAAAGCAACUUGCCAGAAAAUGAUGAUAAAGAGAAGGUUCCUAAAGAAGACCAAAAUGUGCCUUUGGGAAAUACUACUGAGGCUAAAGCUAAUCCACCAAGAAAGGGCAGAAGGAAAAAGGUUGAUCUCACAACACAGGCAGCUAGUUCCACUUCUCUCCGAGGAAAAAGCAGCUUGCCAGAAAAUGAUGAUAAAGAGAAGGUUCUUAAAGAGGACCAAAAUGUGCCUUUGGGAAAUAUUAUUUCCCAGGCAUCAAAAAAGGGCAGAAGAAUACAGGUUGAUUUCACAAUACAGGCAGCUAGUUCCACUUCUCUCCGAGGAAAAAGAAGCUUGCCAGAAAAUGAUGGUAAAGAGAAGGUUCCUAAAGAAGACCAAAAUGUGCCUUUGGGAAAUACUACCGAGGCUAAAGCUAAUCCACCAAGAAAGGGCAGAAGGAAACAGGUUGAUCUCACAUCUCAAGUAGCUAGUUCCUCUUCUCUCAGGGGAAAACGCCACUUGCCAGAGGAUGAAAAGGCAGCCAAAAAAUUAAAAACAGAGUAUGGUGAAAAUAUAACUCUGCAGAAAGAAACAAGAAACAAAACUAAAGAAAAACUUGGCAAAGGUGAUAUAAGCAUGAUUCAGAGUGCUGGAGGAACAGAAAGGAAAACAAGAGCAAGUGCAAGAACAAGAAAAUAACCUCCUUAAUAGUUGUAGAACCAGUUUUGAAAUCUUUUCAGUAUUUGAUUUUGCAGUUUUUUUAUGUAAAUGGAUGAGCACUUAGAUUUGAUAGAGUUGUAAAGCAUUCCGUGAAUUUAGGUAUAAUGGAGAUAUGUUUAUCUGUUUAUAUAAGUAGAAGAGAUACCUCUUUUAAUGGCAUAAUUCAGCCAAAUAUAUUUGCUUUCCAAACUGUGGUUAGCUUGUGCUAAAUUACAGCAACUGAAAAAAACUUCCUGUGCCAACACUGAUGCCUCCUUUCUUUGAUGAUCAUUUCAGCAGUCUGGAAGUUGUAUUACUUUGCUGAAUCUGCCCAUAUGUAAUUGUAUGUUCUUAUCUAGUUAGCUGAAUUUUGGGAUACUAAAUUUUUAUGUUUUCAUGAAAAUGCUGUAAAUAUCCUUUUUAAAAAGUCUACAGGUUUUUAUUGGCAAAACUAUUAUGUGGGAAUUCUGAUUUAACAGCUUAAAUUGACUACUGCAAAAAAUGCAAAUAGAUUUUUAUAAAAGAGUUAAUAAAUUUUGUAAAUGUUAA